CCCAACAAAUACAAAAAACAAACACACCCCAUUAAACACUCACACCACCAACAACACUACACCUAGUUCAACACAAUGCAAAAAACAUAGCUCCUUGUUACUCAUUACCCUUGUUCCCGUUCCUUCUUUGUGUUUCAUUCUCCCAUAAAAAACCCUUCUUUGAUAGGGCCCAUUACUCCAUAAUGGGCGACAAGGGUGACACAUCCAAGAAACAACAACAACCACCACAGCAGCAACAACCUCAAUCUCUCCAUCACCACCAACAGCAACAACAAACUCAACAACAACAACCACAAACACAGCAAAUUUCAUCUUCUCCUCAAGCCCCACGUGAGGAAUUACCACCCAUCACAGAAGUUAGGUCAAUCCACCACCAACAACAACAGACACCAGUUGUGGUUGUAACUGGAGCACCCCCUUUCAUUUCAAGUCCUCUAUAUGUUUCCAGUGGUGCAAGUUCCUCACCCUUUGACCCUCAGUUUGAGUCACUCAACCCCAAGAGGCCUAGAUACAGUGGACAAUGGAAGCAACUUCUACCAUCUCCAUCUGCAAAACAAAAACAGUCCCAAAUGGCCAUGCUUCCCACCACGGAAUCAAGCCCUUCACCAACCACACACGCCUCAUCAAACCCUCAACAACCCCAAACACAACCGGCUUCUUCAUCAGACACCACUGCUUCAUCUCCAACUCACUCCCCCAUGCCUAGUUCAGGCCAUGAAGGGACCAAGCAAGAGGGAGAACAAGUUCACCAGCAACUCAGAAAGGGGAAGUACGUGAGCCCAGUUUGGAAGCCCAACGAGAUGCUGUGGCUAGCAAGGGCUUGGAAGGAGCAAUACCAAGGUGGUGGUGGUGGAUCUGAAUCUUCUUCAAGAGCAGAACAACAAGGAGAAUUGGGAAUCUCGAGAGGGAAAACCAGGGCUGAUAAAGAUAGAGAAGUUGCCGAAUUUCUCAGGAGGCAUGGGGUGAAUAGAGAUGCCAAAACUGCAGGGACGAAAUGGGAUAACAUGUUGGGAGAGUUUAGGAAAGUGUAUGAAUGGGAAAGAGGGGGUGAGAGGGAACAAAUUGGGAAGAGCUAUUUCCGGCUUUCACAGUAUGAGAGAAAGUUGCAUAGGCUCCCAGCUUCUUUUGAUGAAGAUGUUUUCGAAGAGCUUUCUCAGUUCAUGGGGUCUAGAAUGAGAUCCUCUCAUGGCAGAGCUGGUUCCUCUUUUGUGUCAGGAGAUGAAGCUAGAUCGGCUCUUGCUGCUACAAGAGCUCUUCUACCUCCUCCUCGAUCUCUCAAAGACGAUGAAGCAACCCCUCAUUCAGGAAGGACAAAGCAAUUGGCUUUGACAAGUGGGGGUGAACCUUUCUUUCAGGGCUCAAGAGGGGGUUUAUUAGGGUUAGAGUCUCUCUUGGACGUUUCAGGCUCUUCUUCAUCAUCGAGGGAACCACUCCGAAGAAUGGGGAAGAUAAGAAUGACGUGGGAGGAAUCAGUGAGUUUGUGGGCAGAAGAAGGUGAAGUUCACAGAGGGAGAGUGAAGCUUCAAUCUUCGAGUUUUCUGAAUGCAGAUGAACUCACUUGCUUUGACGAUGCCAUGGUGCCUUGUCCCAUGGAAUAUUUCGAAGAUGGUCCUUUGAAGGGUUUCUCUGUUGACAGAUUCGUUUCGGGACAGCAAGUUAAAGUUUUUGGCAGAAGAAAGGCUUCCCCGGCCUCGGCUUCUUCUGGUUUAGCUGAAAGAGUCCAACUUCCCUCCAAAGCACUUCCCAUAAGAUCCAUUGGCACAUUGGAUUUCCGAGACCCAACAGAAUACUACAUGGAAUGUCUCCUACGUGCAUCAUCCCCGCAAACGCUCCCAACCCUCUUCGACCUAAGGCGCCACCUCCAAGACCCGCCACCGGAGGAGCUCCGCUUUCCCCUCCGCCGCGAGGUCUACGACGACCUCCCUCAGGGAAAAGAACUCUUCUUCACUUCCGCCACCGAGCCCUUGGAUUGCAGAACCCUAAUGCACGACAUCGUGGGCCCCAUCAUCCGCACCCACCCUAGCCCCACAAUCCCCACUUCCCGCGACUCCUUCAUCCCUCUCUGGGACGAUUGCGUCAACCGAGUCAUCGCGAGAUUCUGCCCCGAAGAAAUGAAAAUAAUCCGAAAACCCUCGUUAAAGGACACCGCCAAAACCCUAAUCCAAGACCAGUGGCCCAACGUAACGGGAUUCGUGAACAACUUCUGCUUAUGGCGCGGCGAGGAAACGGAUCGGUUGAAAGAGUCGCAACCGGAUCCAUCGAGCACGCUGGUCGGAAAAUUACUCUGGAGUUACAUGGAUCUCCCUUAUGUUCUAGGUUAUUACGCAGUGGCCAAUACGGUGACGUUUUGCGCGUUGAGCAGGUCGCACGAGGGGGUGAAUCUAAUCAACCGUACGGAUUUGUUGGAGUUGAAUUUGAGUAAUCCGAUGGAGAGGUUGAAGUGUUUGGUUCCGUGUUUCAGGAUUGGGGUGUUGUUGGCGAUGUUGAGUAAGCAUUGUGCGAAGGGGGGUAUAUAUAGCGAUUUCGAGAGGGUUAGUUACGGUAACGGAGUGGUGACGGAGUUGACGCCGAACACGUGCACUCGGGUGUUUUGGGAGAAGCGGAAGUGGAUGGCCGUUAAGGAGGUGUACGAGAUUCUCGACCACAGGAUUCCGCACGCGGAGAUUCUGGUGGGGAGUUCGGAGGGGGAGCUGACGUUGUCGUUUCGGCCGCGGGGGUGUCGUUUGAGGCCGGGGAGUUUUGAGGAGCUGGUGGAGGCGUUGAAGUGCGUGACGAAGGCGCUGGUGGCGCUGCACGACUUGUCGUUUAUGCAUAGGGACUUGAAGUGGGAGAAGGUGAUGCGGCGCGUGGACGGGGAGGAGUGGUUUGUGUGCGGGUUCGAGGAGGCGGGGGGGGCGCCGGAGCUGAAGGGGCACGUGGCGGGGGCGCGUGAGGGCCACGCGCCGGAGAUGGAGAGGGGGUUGCAUGGGGUGAAGGUGGACGUGUGGGGGGUGGGGUACUUGAUUAGGACGUGUGGGUUGGGAGGGGUGCCGAAGAUGCUUCGGGAGCUGCAGGGGAGGUGCAUGGAGCAGAGCCCAGAGCAGAGGCCCACAGCGGCCGACUGCUACCACCACCUGCUGCAGAUGCAGUCGUCGCUCGCUGCCGCUGCCGCCGCCACCGGGGGUGUCAUCAUGAUGUGAUUGAUGGUUGGUUGGUGGGGAUUGUUUUCUAUUUAAUGUGGAUGAUGGGAAUAAUGUUCCUCUAGGAUGGGGUCAAAAGAGUUAGGGGGUGCUAGCUUUUUAUUUAUUUUUAUUUUUAUUUUUAUUUUUUUAAUGUAACUUUCGCCAUUGGAUAUUGAAUUCACCAUUUGAAAAAGGAUCAAGAGAAUUUUUUUUAAUUGGAAAAUAUUCAUGGGUGGAUUUUGGAAGAAAAAAUGAAAAAAAAAAAGAAGAAGUUAGAUUUGAAUGCGAUAGGAGAGACAUUGGAGUUGGGAGUGGAAUUGGCGGCUGUGUGAGGUAAGUUUCAUCGAAUCACGUCUGUGGUGAGUGUGCAAAGUGCAGUGUAGCAGUGUUUUUCAGUUUUGGAUUGGUACGUCUCGAAACGAACGUUGUUCUUGUUUCGUAGCAUCACACCUUCAGCUUGUGUUCUUCCUUCAGGAUUCAGGUUAUGUGAGAGAGACAACAUUUAUUUUUACAGUCAAUCUUCUUUUCUUUUAUCCCUCUUUCUUCAUCUUUUCUUUCGGUUAGUUAAA